GAUCCGUCAGAAAUUCUCACACGGACGGGCGCUCGUCUGUAACCCACUAGAGGAAGACUACUUUCGCGAUUUCGCUUUCCUUCCUUUCCCCAAUCUUGAAAUCUCAAACCCUAGCUCCCACGUAUCCCUAUGAAAUUUGCAAUCCAAACUUCGAUUCAUGGAACCCAACCCACGUAAUCUGCCCUGACGCUUUGCUUCCCUCUUCGAUAUUCCUGCUUCCUCCCAUUCUUCUCUCUCCUUCUCCGCUUCUUGAAUUCCAUGGCGGGCUCUUCUCCGGAGGAUAUCGGGCCGCCGGAGUCGUGGGAGUCGGCUGAUUUGGACGCCGCGUUGAGCCGAUUGAUGCUCUCGUCGACGCCCUCAAACGAUGCCGCUGGGACGGGGGAUCUACCUGAAGCAGAGCUUCCUACACAGAUUCAGACCUCUGGUUCUUCGUCUUCGUCAUCGUCUUCGGGGGACAAGAUUUUAGAUGACGCCAUCAAUCAGGUCGAUCAAUUUCUUCGCGAGGCUCUUCAGAAUCCUCGCGAGCGUCUCUCGGUUUUGCGCAUGGAGCAGGAGGUUGAGAAGUUCAUUAAUGAUCAAUCUCAACAGCAAAUGGAAUUUCAGCAACUACCCACAUCAUAUCUACGGUUGGCAGCACAUCGUAUUGCACAACAUUACAAUCUGCAGUCGAUGGUUUUGUUGGAUAACAGCUUACCUGAAGGUUCAGGUUGUAGAAUUAUUGUACACAAGACCUCUGAAUGUAGGCGUCCUGCAAUUCGCCUAGCAGACAUUCCUGUGAAUUUUCGUUCGGAAGACAGCAGUGUAAUCAAGGUCGCAAUAAAACAGAGGCCUCAAAAACAUUCUUCGGUUGUCAGUAGCUCAGAUUCAGAGACAGUUAAGUCAAAUAAAUCCAAAAGUGUUGAGGAGAGAAAAGAGGAAUAUAACCGAGCUCGAGCAAGAAUUUUUAAUUCCUCAAAUUCAAUUGUUAGCCAUGGUCGAGGACCAGAAAAUGAGCAUCAGCUCUACAAUGGAUCCCAUGUCAAUUCUCCUAGGCCAUCAAGGGUCGAAGGGAAAGUCAAUGCAGGCCCUUCUUAUGUAACUUCUUCUGGUAGUUUUAUCAAUUCAUCUGCCAGUGGCAGCCAGACCACAAGAAGUAGGGUGGAGAAGGAACCGACUGUUAGGUCUAAACCCAAUAACAGGGUGGCCAUCUUCCGUGACCGUGAAACAGAGCUUAAAGAUCCUGACUAUGAUAGGAGCUAUGACAGGUAUUUGCAGCGCUUUGAGCCGGGGUUUGGCUUCAGCAAUGGGGUGUACGCUGUUCAACCAAUGUUUACACCAGCUUUGAAUUACAACACUGAAUUUCCGCAGCUCGGGUGUGCUCAUAGGCCUCAGAUACCUGUAGAACAUCAAGCUAGACCAUUACCACAGCACCUCCCUGCACCUUGGGCUAGACCAUCGAACACUGGCGGUGUUGCAUAUGGUCAUCCAGAACCAAUGGUGACUCCUUUUACUCCAAGUCAUAUGGAUGCUCGCUCUGCUUCUGCAUUAUAUCUGCAUUCUUCCCAGUUCCCCUGUCAGCAACCUGGAAUGCCUUAUAUUCACCCUCGUGAUCAGGUUCACCAACCUUUUGCUCAGUCUCAUCAACCUCGGUCUGAUGGUAGUUAUGGAUUGCCCCGGCCCCGAUAAGGGGUUUGGGCCAUGCCUGCAUCCCACCAGCAGUUAGCCAAUUUCAGAAAUGUGUUUGGCCGGGCAACUUCAAAGGCAUCAUUAUCAUCUCUGCUGGUGGGAGACUGCAGGCACAAAAGAACCGAGCGGGAAGAGGCGACAUGGCUCCUUAUCCAUAUGGAUGUGUCUAUGUCAUUUCCCCCGGCUCGGUUCUUGAUAGAGCUUCAUACCAUUCUCUAUGGGCAAUUGAAGCUACCAAGUUUCGACACGAAGAACAAAAAACGAUGAUGACGAAAGAAGAUGGAUGGUUUGACCUUUUGAUUUAGGUUGGAUUUAUUAAAACACUUGGGGAACAUCAGACAAGAAGGAGAGCCAGAGGAGGGUCUACGCCUUGUACGGUUUAUGGCAACAAUGGCAUGGAAGUUACGGUAAGCAAAGAACCGUGUGUGUAUGGCUGAUUUGUUUUUUUAGGUACUCUUAAAAAUGUUAAGUGAUAGAAACAUGACCGAUGGAAUGUGAAGAUGGUCGUAUCUGUCUUCUGUUUGCACUUGCAGCUCCUACUUCGAACUCGAGUUUGAAAAACCUUCAUUUCGUCAUGCCUUUUGUUGGAAAGAUUAUUUUAUUUUU